AAAAAACACCUACAUACAAAAAAAAUCAAAUUUUAAUGUUCUUAGAACAAUAGCGCCACAUGCCAAGACGAAAAAUUGGAAAAACCCAAAAAGGAACACAAAAAACUGGAGAAAGUUCUCUUCUAUAGGGCGUAUCUUUUAUUGUAUCUGAUGCAUUGGUACCUAAAUUACCUCAAAAUGCAUUAUGUUGUGGGAUCUUUUGAUGUCCCGUAGGGAAGUAAAACUUGUUUGAGAGUUCUUGCAUGCGUAGGUAUUCAUACCUUUAUCUCAUCGGGGUCUUAUAAAAGGUCACGAAGAUUGAAAAUUUCGGUUAGAACUAUCAAAAUGAAGCUGCUGGUUGGUCGUUUUGUUUUGGGCUGCAUGUUAGCAGUCCUUGUUCUAGCUGAUGAUGUUCUUGUUGAUGUUUCUACAGACAAACCUAAAACUUCAUCACCUGAUACUUCCACGACAACAAUAACUCCCAACAUUACUGUUGUUGAUAUUGUAACCGAAAAAGUAAUGAAAUCCUUACCGGAAUUGAAUCAAAGGAUUGCACCCUUGGAAACUCCAUCGACUACUUUAGCUCCUUCGGUUCCAGGUCAAAACUCAAAAAUAUACCCCAAAGACCAAGUCGAUCGUGAGAUAGUUGUUAUUCAUGAAAAACCGUCAGGAGAUGGACAUCAUCACGGUGAUCAUGGACAUCAUGAUCAUCAAGGAUAUCAUGAUCAUCAUCAUGGUCAUGAUCAUGACUACCAUCAUCCACCACCACCACCUCGUCAACCACCAAUGCAACAUCAUCAUGAUCAUCAUCAUCCUCCACCACAUCAUCAACAUUAUCCCCAUCAACCAUAUCCAGGCUAUUAUCCACCUCCAAACUAUCCACCUUAUCCUCAUGGAAUGUCGCAACAUUAUGGUUCACACGGUGCAGUUGCACCACCACCAGCAUAUCCCUAUUAUCCACCACCAGUUUAUUACAAUAAUUCACCUCCAAUGAAACCAUCUGCUACAAUUAUACAAACCAGUAGUUCGACGAGUGCUUCCACCCAGAAUUUUCCAAAGCCAGGGGAUUUAUUGAAUCAGGGUACCGAAUAUCUAUGGAAUCUGUUUGGUAAACUUGGUAGGGUAGAAGGGGGAGCAUUUGCCAAUGGGGUGCCUUUGCCAGCCCAGGUUUUUUUCCAAACCAAAAGAAUAUUAAAUACCGAAAAAUAAUUUUCUGUUGCACAUUUAUGAUUGCAAACUUUCCACAAAGUUUGACAGCUUUUGGCUGGACACGAAAUAAAUUAGACGCUUGUUUUAGUUUUUUAAUGUUGAGAACCAAAAUAUGAGGGUACAUAAGCGUCGUAAAUUUUUAAUAUUUGUCUUGUUAAAUUACUUUGUCAUACAAAUAUCUUUUGAAAAUUAUGUGUACUAUGCUGUGUAGAAGUGAUUUUUUUACUGUUUAACUUAUAAAAAAGUUAUAAGUAAAUUUUCGAAAGAUUAGCUUGUGGGGUACAUUUGCCAUUUGUUUUUGGGUAGGUUUUGCUCUGGCAAAUGCACCCCAUGGGGUACAUUUGCCAGAAAGGAGCUUUUUCAAAAGAGGAUGGCAGGAUCCUACAAAAUCAAUCAGUUCUUCGUAUUUUCAGCUAAAAAGAAGUUUUGUUUAUGAUUAUUGGUUUUAUUUGUAUUAACUUUUAUAUUUAGGUAACUGGCAAUCCCUACCCACCCCCGUGGCAAAGCCUCCCGCCUGGGGAGGCUUUGCCACAUCACUUUUUGUUUUUUUGAAUAAAUUAUUAAAAAUAGAAACAAUUAAUAUAUCAGAAUGAAAAAAAUAUUUAAGUGAAGAUAAUAAGGUCAAUAAUAAUAUCAGAUAUAAAAAAAUUAAAACAAACGUCAAAACUUUGCAUUAAGUCAAUUUUCCUAAAUCCUGGCAAAUCCUCCCCCUUCUAC